CGCUGGUGGUGCGAACACAACGACCGGGAACAGCCUAUAUUAGACGCCUGAUGUCCACGAAUACACAAGAUUGCGUUGGUCAUUCUGUCGUUGUAUUCGUGAGAAGGGGAAAAAAAGGUGAGAGAAGCAUAUCGUACGACAUUGUUGCUGCGAGCGUGGCUUACUCCAAGCCACGAGGGUGAUACGGAUUUACCCGGAAGACCAUCACAUAAGCGACAAAUUGACUAUCAGGGCUAAAUGCACCCUGAUUUGAAGCUCAAUGGCUCUGCAAUUUUACUCCAGAAUAUAGAGCGGGGAUCAUAGCACCGACGCAUCGGCAACACCUAUCGGUCAAUUCAACGUUCAACCAGUUGCACAGCUGCUGCAUGUGCAAUCAACGCAGGGCUAUUCUAACAGGCUUCAGGAAUUUGCCGUCACUUUAUUCUUACCAGGCAGAGGUCCAUCCUAAUGGCAAAUUCUGCUGUUGAUAAGCAGACAGUAUAUAUAUCCACAGGUAUCCAGCCAUGGGCGUGAUUCAGCACUACACUCUCUGCUCCACAGGUUCGAGAAUGAGACCAACAAACUUCCCCAUUUUUUUCCUCUUGGUGGUUGGGAAUGCCCUAGCAGCCGACUGGAAGGGGGAGGUCAAGAAAGUAGACAACGCAACGUUUCAUUGCAAGUGCUACUCGGACCAUUCUUGCUACCCCAAGGCAGCGGAAUGGGCAGCGCUCAACAAAACCGUAGAGGGCCGCCUGCAGCUAGCAUUUCCUCCGGGUGCGGUGUGUCAUACUCACUUGGGAAAUAUAUCUACGUUUGAUGAAGCUGCGUGCGCCGAGUACAAGUCCCAUUUCAACGACGAACAGUAUCUCACGGAUGACGACGUUGCUGCGCUCUGGCCGCUCUACACCAAUAAUACAUGCAUUGUAACUGACAACCCGAGCGAUCCCUGCACUCAAGGCUUCUACGGAACUUAUGUCGUUCUAGCGACCAAAAAGGAGCAUAUCAAACACGGCAUUGAUUUUGCACGGGAGAAGAACUUGCGUUUGAUCAUCCGCAACACCGGACAUGAUUUCUUGGGACGUUCGACAGGCUACGAGUCCUUGAUCAUCAAUACGCAUAGCUUCAAAGACGUUCAAUUCUUGGAACAAUAUGAUGGUCCAGGGGACUGGACUGGUCGUGCCGCUACUGUGGGCGCUGGCAUCCAGGGCCGUGAACUGUUCCGCCACGCGUUCGAACAAAGCCCGAAACAGGUGAUAGUAGGGGGAGAGUGCCCUACUGUUGGAUGGGCGGGCGGAUAUAUCCAAGGGGGUGGCCAUGGGCCACUUACCACGAUAUACGGAAUGGGCGCAGACAGCGUGCUGUCCUUUGAGGCGGUUACAGCCAAAGGCGAGUACGUCACAGCAAACGCGGAAGAGAACCCGGAACUUUUCUGGGCCUUGAAAGGCGGUGGUCCAGCAUCUUUCGCGGUGGUUACUUCAGUUACAGUCAAGACAUUCCCUGAGAUGCCCACUGCAGGUACAAUCCUGAACAUCAAUAGCACGCAUACCAAUGAUAGUGCAAUCUUCAACCGGGGGUUCGAGAUAUUCCACAACCUUUCCAACCAUUAUACGGCUCAUGGAAUGUUUGUUUACUUUGAACUUUCUCAGGGAAGCCUUCAUGUUGCACCUUUCGUGGCUCCACGCAUGAACGAGACUCAGCUCCAUACUGCACUGCAGCCUCUCUUCGAUCAGCUCGAGGCUGCAAAUGUUCCUUACAGUAGAUAUACUAAAGACUUCCCAACAUUCUUCGAGCUCUAUGUCGACCUUUUCGAAGACGAAGCUUUUGCUGUACAAGGGAGCUCCACGGUUGGAGGGCGUAUAUUCACGCAGAAGGAUAUCGCGGAACGGGGGAGCGCAAUCGCCCGAGCUCUUCUAUUCGCUAACCAGCCAACAACCAAAUCAGUAGGUCUGUCAGUCGGCCAUAUAGUUAACCCGGGCUAUGGGGUUCCAGUGGCCGAUAACGCAAUCAACAAUAAAUGGAGAAACUCGUCCAGCUUCACCCUGACCAAUCUUUUGAUGAGUGGCCAGGAGAGUUGGGCAGAGAAGCGGGAAAUCGAAAGAAUCAACACAGAGGUUGUCGGCAAGGCGCUGAGGGAAGCGGGUCCAGACGGUGCGGCUUACGUGAAUGAGGGUGAUCUCAAUGAGCCCAACUGGCAAUUCACUUACUGGGGAGACAAAUACCCCAAGCUCUUGGAGAUACGCAAGAAGUGGGACCCGGAAGGCGUGUUCUAUGCGAAGACAACGCCUGGCACAGAGGAUUGGACGGUCCUGGAGACAGGAACGAAACUUGUAAGUAUAAGCGUGACCUUUCCUCUUGCUUGUGAUGCUGUACUGCUUGGCCAAACUUGCGUACUGACUCGACAUGUAUCAGUGUAA